AUGGUCAAAAUCACUGGGUUCACCACGCGGGACGUGAGGUUUCCGACCUCCCUCGAUAAGACCGGCUCUGAUGCCAUGAACGCUGCCGGCGACUACUCCGCCGCGUACUGCAUCAUUCACACAGAUUCUGACUUCAAGGGUCAUGGCAUGACCUUCACCAUCGGCCGUGGUAACGAGAUUGUUUGCGCCGCCAUUGCUCUCCUGGCUCCUCUCAUCGAGGGUAAAGACUUGGAUGAGCUCACUGCGGACUGGGGUAAGACUUGGCGCUACCUGGUCUCCGACAGUCAAUUACGUUGGAUCGGACCCGAGAAAGGUGUCAUUCACUUGGCUCUCGGGGCUGUGGUCAACGCUCUGUGGGACCUGUGGGCCAAGACCCUGGGCAAGCCAGUAUGGCGCAUUGUCGCGGACAUGACUCCCGAGGAGUUUGUGCGCUGCAUUGACUUCCGCUAUAUCACCGACGCCAUCACUCCUGAGGAAGCCCUGUCCAUGUUGAAGGAGAUCGAGGCGGGCAAGCAGGAUCGGAUCAAGGAGGCUGAGGCGAGUCAGGCGGUGCCUGCGUAUACCACCAGUGCCGGCUGGUUGGGCUACAGCGAGGAGAAGCUGAAGAAGUUGCUUGAGGAGAGCGUUGCUCAAGGGUACAGACACUUCAAGCUGAAGGUGGGAGCAAACGUGGAGGAUGAUAAGCGUCGUCUCAAGAUUGCCCGCGAGGCUAUCGGGUAUGACAAGGGCAACAUUUUGAUGGUGGAUGCCAACCAGGUCUGGUCUGUCCCCGAGGCUAUCACUUGGAUGCAGGAGCUUGCUGAAUUCAAGCCUUGGUUCAUCGAGGAGCCCACCUCUCCCGACGACAUUCUCGGCCACGCCGCCAUCCGCAAAGCCCUCUCCAACACUCCCCACGGCGCGAUCGGUGUCGCUACCGGAGAGAUGUGCCAAAACCGUGUGAUUUUCAAGCAACUCCUCCAAGCCGGUGCUCUCACCGUCCUCCAGCCCGAUGCCUGCCGUGUUGGCGGUGUCAACGAAGUUCUUGCCAUCCUCUUGCUGGCCCGCAAGUUUAACGUCCCCAUUGUGCCUCACUCUGGAGGCGUCGGUCUUCCUGAGUACACGCAACACCUGAGCACGAUUGACUACGUCGUAGUCUCGGGCAAGAAGAGUGUCUUGGAGUACGUGGACCACUUGCACGAGCACUUUGUCCACCCUUCAAGCGUCAAGGACGGGUACUACGUCACCCCUAUGGAGCCCGGAUACAGCGUGGAGAUGAAGCCUGAAAGUAUGGAUGAGUUCUCCUUCCCCGGUGAGGAGGCGAGGAACAACCUUGAACGGACAGUCACAAUCCACAUUAUGAACGCACAGUGUCUACGAGCUGUACCUCCAGUACGGCAAAGCGCAUCAUUAGCUUUGCGCCAGCUCCCACACCGAGAGCUCACUCGACUUUACGCGACACAAACCGGUCCACGCCCGAAGCGCCGGAAUAUCACGGUCUUGUCCGACGAUGGUCGAUACGAGUGGGGUGAGCUGAGCGGGCGAGAGAAGGUGUCGCGCGCGACGCAGCAGUCGAUCAAUUUUGUUGUGGUGCUGGCUGGUGCUGUUUUGACGGGCGGAGUAUUCUAUCUUUUCUGGACAGAUGUCGUUUCCCCGAACAGUCGAACGUGGCAAUACGAGAAAGCCGUGGAGCGCGUAAAAGAAGACCCGCGAUGCAUACAGCUCUUGGGCGAUCGGAGAGAGAUUAGAGCAUUUGGCGAAACCACGAACAGUCGCUGGGCGCGGAAUAGGCCGGUUGCUUCCACGGUGGAAAAGGACCGACUCGGCCGGGAGCAUCUUCGGAUGAAUUUUAAUGUCGAGGGCCCUUUGAACUCCGGUGUCGUCUUUGUGCAUCUCAUGAAGCCCUUGGACAAGGAUGAGUGGGAAUACCAGCUUCUUGCCCUCGAUGUGAAGGGUCACUCUCGUAUCAUUCUGGAAAAGGCCGCAGAAAAACCCAGUGUGGCUAGCUCAUUGAAGCUUUUCGGGAUCCAGUGGCGUUGA